CAUUUUCGCUGCGUCGUAUGGCAGUGAAGGUCGUGUUGUUCUGCGAGGCAUCCGAAAAAAGUGUGUAAAAUGGUUUAGUGAAUUUUAAUCUUAGUUAGUAUUAAUCUAACAAGAAUCUCUUAGUAAAACAAACUAAUUCAGUGAUUAGUGAAUCUCUAUUAAUAUUCCUUGCUCGUCUAGAAAAAAAAAACCGUUCGCCCGUAAAAAACCGACUCCCCAACAGUCAUGUUCAACUCACCGGAAAAGCAGUGGGCGCGAACGUUCGCCAGCAUCAAGGAGGCUCACGAUGAAGCGUACCGCAUAAUUGAGCGUGCCAUCAAGUUUGAGGAACGCGAAAGACCAGAUUUGGCGUUAAAGGAUUACAAGGAUGGUAUACGGGUCAUCGAUAAAGCGUUGGCCAUCCCGGUUGAAAUUCCAGAUAACUUCCAAAAGGACGAAAGCUGGAACAAGGCGGUUAAGAUGAUCCACAAGAUGAAGUGCACACGCGGGGAGGUGCUCCAGCGCGUUGGUCAGAUCGGUAGUAAGGUUGAUCAGCAGGAUGCUGAGGCAUUGAAGAACGGAGAUGCGGCUGCUGGUGGGUCUGGCGAUACGUUGAGACCCAGAACUUAUACCGAGCUGGCGCACGCUUUAUGUCAGAUGCAAUGCAAUAAUGAUCAAAUCGGUGGGCCGAAUAAUUUGGAAUUGUUGUUCUCAUGCGAUGGUGUCAAAAUGUAUUAUAUUGAACCCGAUGGAGUGGUAUCCAGAACAAUGGAAGACUCAACGCUGAGAAUUGUGCGAAUCGAAAAGGAUGAUGUCAAGAAGUUGGAAAGUACGGUUUUUGUUCAGGUUAUUCCAACAUCUGCUUCUAUCAGAAUCGAGAACGCUGAGGAACCUCUGGACCAAGCGGUAGAAGCACAAGAGGGCGUCGUUGUCAUCAGUCCAGUAGAAGAGCAUCGAGCCGUUGAUCCUUCAUUUAUCUAUCCGCUGAUCCCAGGAGUGUCACCAUGCUACCGGACUGAAUAUGGAGCAUUCAUAAUACCGGACUUGACAUCGGAGCACGGCAGAACCAUUGGAUUAGUCAUACCUCCGGAAGCAGAUGAUGUCGUGCUGGAAAUUUUCAUUGCUUUUCUGCAUGGUAUCGUGACUCAAGGAGGAGCAGUUCAGUUCGGCAUGACCCGGGCAAAACGAAGCACAAGUACCACAGUUUCGGCGAACAUCAUCAAGGGAGCUUUCUACGUAUCGCAAGGAUUGGUAAAGGGUGCGGAGAAAACCGGGGAGUUUAUUUCCUACAGCACACCUUAUCUCAUAUCAAAGAUCCGAAAGUCGCCCGAUGAAGGCCCAGCUCAAGUGCCCAGUAAUGUCAAAACGGGUAUCGAAAUAGCCAAAUCCGUAACCGGAACGGCAGUUAACGUAACCAGUUAUGUCGCGGGAAAAGUAGGAAGCGCUACAAUGGCCUUGGGUCGUUUUCUAGCUCCGCACAUUCAGAAGCAUGGCUCGGAUCUUUUAUCGUACAGCACCGGAAUUAGUGCGGAAGACGCUACGGAGAAGGUUCAUGGAGCGCUAACCAUUUGCGCUGGUGCAGUGGAAGGCUUUGGAACCGUUUAUGCCGGACUGGAAAAAUCCGCAUCAAUUUUGGGCGGUAGCUUGAGCAACAGUACCGUGCAAAUUGUGCAGCACAAAUAUGGACCGGAGGCAGGGCAGGUUGUGGGAAGCUCACUAGAUACGGUGGGUAACGUUAUCAAUGUGAGUCACAACAUGAACUACAUCACGCCAAAGGGAAUUGCUAAGCGAACAGCGAAGAAUGCCGGCAAAGCGCUGGUGGCCGGUUAUAGACCCGCUAUUCCUGAAGUAGACAAUGCCGCUGGCGAAGGAACAUCUAAUGGGGUUGUCACAUCGCAGCAGCGAGUCGUCCCAGCAGCAGUUUUGUAUCCAGAUCUGUCUGCAUUAGCUAAAGAAGUUCAGAAAGACGGGAAAAUGGAUUGAAUAGCAUUUGCCAUCACAAUUGGGCUUAUUACGCGUCUAGAAUGAAGUGAAAACGUAUCGACUUUUCAAUGUCAAUCAAUUCGAAGGAAUUGAUCAUUCUCAUUUGUAGGAAAUGUUUUUGCCUCCAUCCAUUCGUAUAAUAAGCCUGAACAACUGCUCGAAUACAAUAAUUUAAAACUAGGUAUAGGAGUUGUCUGAAUCUGAAUAUUUUAAAAUGGAUGAUAUUCAUAUAUUAGAAUCUCAUAUAUAAUAGGAAUGUUGCAUUUUAAUAAACUAUUAUCAGAUCUAAAAGAA